AUGCAAGCCACGCCCCCAGGAACGUGCAAGUACAUCAUCUACCUGGUGCCGCAGGGCGAGCUAUACGCGCUGCUCGAGCGCUACCACGAGGAGUCGCGGUCGGUGUGCGUCAAUGACGCCCACGACUACCUGCCGCACUGCACCCUCACCUCCUUCUUCACCUUGCCCAAGGAGGAAGACCUUUGCACCGUCUUUCUUCGGCGGCUCACCUCAGCGCUGGAGCGCGUCGCGACCGUGGCCGGCGACACCCACCACGACCAAGGAGAGCGACCAGAGCCGUUGGCGUGGGUAGAGGGCCUCUACGACAAGGAUGGGGCCAUCGGGCUCGCCGUGCGUGCGCCCAAGAUCAUCAGCGCCAUCCAGCGCCUGGCCGACGAGCUGGACAACAGCAGCGCAGCGAAGGAAGGUGGCGCUAGCGAUUGUGCGGCCACAGUUGUGAUCUCGCCCAAGACGCGGUUGCACAUCAGCAUGGCCUACGGCGGUGGCGUGACGAGAGCGGGCACGCCACAGCUCUACACCCUCGCGCGCGAGCUCAACACCAGGCGCCAGAACCUUAGCGAGCCGAUCCAGUGGCGGGUGGAGUUGCUGCGACAAGAGGCACAUCACGCGGGCCAACCCAAGCUGUGGAUGCUCGACGCCCUGUGGUCCUCUUUCCUGCCCACGUCUUGA